GAUUGCCUUCUUAUACUAUCACGUAUCACCUAUCCAUCCCUCCAUCUAAGCAGCAGCACAGCACAUCGAUCGAUCCAGUGGUAAUUAAGUUCAAGGCAGAGAGCAACAGAGGAGGAAGCUAAGCUUAGCGUGGGCGGCCAUGGCGGGCCUGAUGGACAAGGCGAAGGGGUUCGUGGCGGACAAGGUCGCGCACAUGCCCAAGCCGGAGGCGUCGCUGGACAAGGUGUCCUUCAAGGGCAUGACCCGCGACUCCAUCACCGUGCACAGCAACGUCAACGUCACCAACCCCUACUCCCACCGCAUCCCCAUCUGCGACAUAACCUUCUCCCUCAAGUGCGGCGGCAAGGAGGUUGCGUCCGGCACCAUCCCUGACCCGGGCUGGAUCGAGGACAGCGGCGAGGUCACCAAGCUGGAGGUGCCCGCCAAGGUGCCCUACGACGUGCUCAUCACGCUCAUGAAGGACCUGGGCAGAGACUGGGACAUCGACUACGAGCUGCACGUCGGCCUCACCAUCGACCUCCCCGUCAUUGGCAACUUCACCAUCCCGCUCGACACCGCCGGCGAGUUCAAGCUCCCCACCAUCGGUGACUUCUUCGGCGGAUCCAAGACCGAGGAAGCUGCAACCACUUAGGAAAUGUUAUGUUCCAUCUAGCUUGCUCUGCAUUUACAUGGCCCCUGUAUGAGCAUGAGCACAGUAAUAAUAAGCUAAUAUGCGUGGUUCAAGUCCUGAGAAUAGAUCACCUGUAAAAACCCUACGUCUUGGUGGUGGUUAUGGGGUUAUAUAUGUAUGAGGUGUUGAUGGAUCCGGCUUCCGGGGGAAGCCAGUUGAGGCCUGCUAUUCUCUGUUGGGCAAGAACAGGCUAUGAACUAGUUGUGUCGUCUCGUUAUCUCCGAGUGCGGGAGAUAAAGAGGGUCUCAUCGUUUGCUCGA